CAAUAGUGUAAAGUACUGAACGAAAAAGAAUAAGCGAGACAAAGGAGUUUAUUUGCUUGCUAAGUAAAACGUAAAUAAAUAUCGAAGUUGUGUGCGUUAUAAACAAUCAAAUUAUUAGAUAUAGCACUUAGAGAAAGAGGUUGGUGAAUGGAUUCACUCAUAAAUAAAGCAUAAAACACAGUACGAAAUAAUACGACAAAGUGACUCGACAAAUAUCAUAAGUUAAUUAUCGAAACCUGACGCAAACAAUACAUAUGAAUUAAAUAUUACCGUUGCUGUAAUAACAAUCUUAUAGAAAACUAGGAAAACAAGCAGUUAAUCCAAUAACGUUGUGUGGAGUAAGAUAUUAUUUCUGUAUAAUUUUGGACAGUUUUACAAAUUAAGAUAAGGCUCUCCAAGAGCUGAAUGGGUAACUACGGUAGCAGACGCAAGGGAAGAAGACUGAAGUGCCGGUAUAGCCGGUCUGAGGACGAACUCUCAGAUGACAAAGACAUUCCAACGGAAUAUUUUGGGGGGAUCACGCCGGACUCUUACGAUAAGCUGUUGGCUUGGAUGGUGGAAAUGGCUGAAAAUGAUGAAGCUGACUUAAGUUCACCGGCAUUUGUUGAACAUUUUACUACAGUUUGUGCAGAAAAAGAUAAACAAAGUGCAACUGAGUUAGCUCCAUCCAUUCGCUCGAUUCCGCCAAUACGCCAGAAUUCAUUCGAAGUUCCAGUUCGCCAACAUUCGUUGGAUUCUAGUGACAGUUCUCAGCAUAGUAGAUCAUCUAAAUCUAGAGAAGAUAAGCUGCAUUCUAAACCCAGAUUCAGACGGGCAAUGCUCAGUCGGCAAAGUACAUUUGAUUAUUCCGACGACAGUGACGCUCCGCAUGACGGUAUCGGUGAUUGCAGUUUUGACAGUGAUAUUGAUUUGAGUUCUAAUACAUGUUUGAUAAGCAGUAUAGGCGAGACAUCUUUUACGAAACAUGUAAGACCUCCCUUGCGCAAAAAUCAAAGUUGUACAACAUACCAAAAUUACAACGCAAGUAUUGCAGACUUACUGAAUGCUGAUUCGCGCAAAAAGAGCAAGAGUUUAAUGACAAUGAGAAAGAUGUUCUCAGAAACGAAAAACGUCGAAGAAAUAACUCCAAUUAUUGAAGAAACAGUAGUUAAAGUGUUAGAUAAUGACAUGUUAGAUAGAAAUAUGGCUGAUAUUUUAUAUUCGGUGGAAGCGUUGUGGCCAAAGGCGCCAAAUGAUUUUAUUCGGGAACAAAAAGGGUGAAGCUUCAGUUAAAUUAUGCAUUUCAGAACUUUAUGUGUAAUUAGAAGCGCGUAUGCAAGAGGUUUAUUAAAACAGAUUUAGCUUAGAUAUAGAUCUAAUGUAAAUUCAACAUGUGUUUGAUACUUGGAUUGAUAAGGAAGGUAUCAUAGAGACUUGUAACAUUUGAAAAUAUAUCCAUUUUGCAAAAACAAGUUUUAUUGUUGAACGUGUAGAUGUUACAACAUUUUCAUCACAUGAUACAUGUAUGUCAUCAGUAAAUGAUCUGGUUAUAGGGUGAUUUAAAUUCAAUUAAACAAAAGUCAAAAUAAGUAGGGGUAUUUCUAUGUACUUCAGCUCAACUUUAUAAUAUUAAAAUCUUUGCAUAAAUGUUUCCUUGGAAAAGCAUGUUAACUUACAAAAUCGUUGCCAAAUAUCCAUCUUCGAUUUUUAUACAUUUUCUAUACAACCGAUUUGGGAACAGCACAUAGUUUAGAUUGCAAUUGAAAAACAACAUUUGCUGUUCGAAAGUAAUGAAAUCCGCGAAACUCCUCAUGCCUCUCAUUUUCCUCCCCUGAUUUAAUCCAUUUGCAUGUCCAAACAUUGUCACAAUGCUUUCACAAACUGUUCUAGAUAUCAUUAUUUUAUUAAAAUUAUUUAUGUUUUAUAUCCUUUGGGAACAUAGAGUGCAUCCAAUAUCUAUGUAACAGAAUUCCGAUUAAGCCGCUGCUGGGGGAAGUGGGGGCGUGAGAGAUGUUGCACUUUCCAUUACCUCUAAUGAACAGACUCAAUCGAACCAAUUCUUCUAUUAUUUACUUAGAUGCAUUCUAUGAUGCCAAAGGAUCUUUUUACAGAUUUUAUACAUCUAAUAUCGAAAUUGUUCCCUAUAGGCAUAUUUCAUGUUAUUACAUGUAUUUUAUUGGUCUGAUACUAAGACAAAAUAUUAUAAAAGUUGCUAUUUGACAUUUUACUAUAUUUAACUCUAUUCGUGUGACACAUUCCAAACAUUAUGCAUUUCAAUGCUUUACCAAGUUUCCUUCAUGUUUGUCCAGGAAUGUCGACAUAUUUUUUCUGAUACAUUUAAUAUAUAAACAGCUAUCAAAAAUUGUGUGUUUAUAUUUUAUAUCGAACAUGAAAAGAAGAGACCUCGAUGAAAUAAAUCAAAGGUGGCCUAUCAUAUUUAAGCAACAUUUUAUGAGCAUUUCUAUUGUAAGUUUAUUCUGUUAAAGAUUUCGUAAUGAAUACCAUAGAA